GUUGCGGUCAGUCACAAAUGUCAAACCUGUAAAACCUACUUAAAUCAGAUAUCAGAAUAAAUUGCCGCAAAAACAAAAGAAUUUGGUAAAAAUUCCAAUUUCACCAAGACAAAAUUAUUAUUAGUAUCAACAAAAAUGGAACUGCUGCGUUGGGGCAUUGUAUCAGCUGGAAAAAUAAGCCAUGAUUUUGUUACCGCUCUAAGCACCCUGCCAAGUGAUGAGCACUCGGUUGUCGCGAUUGCAGCUCGAGACAAGAGUCGUGCUGAAGAAUUCGCAAAAUUACACGAAAUACCAAACGCUUUUGGAAGUUAUGAAGAAUUAGCCGAAUCAAAAGACAUAGAUGUUGUCUACAUUGGAAGCAUAAACCCACAACAUUUUGAUAUCGGAAUGAUGAUGCUGGAACACGGCAAACACGUCCUAAUUGAAAAACCUCUUUGUAUGAAUGAGAAACAGGCUAAGAAACUCAUAACCUAUGCCGAACGCAAAAAGCUCUUCCUCAUGGAAGCCGUGUGGUCGAGAUUCUUCCCAGCCUAUCAAUAUAUUCGCAAACAAAUUGCCAGCGGAGUUCUAGGCACAAUUGAAGAAGUCAAUGUGUCAUUUGGUUUUGAUUUAAUGGCUGUCGAUAGAGUGCAAAAGAAAGAACUUGGCGGUGGAACAUUGCUCGAUUUAGGAAUUUAUACUAUUCAGCUGUGCCAAUGGGCCUUCCAGGAACCUCCCCUGACUAUCAAAGCCACCGGUGAACUAAAUGCCGAUGGAGUUGAUCUCUCAAUCGAUGGUGAAUUACAUUACUCUGGAUCGAGAGUGGCUAAGAUUCAAACAAGUGCGAAGAAGUUACUCGAAAACAAAGCCAUCAUCAAAGGUUCCAAAGGACAGAUUACACUUCCAAAUUUCUGGUGUCCAACUAGCAUCAUUGAUAUUGAUGGCAAACAGAAGGAAUGGGUUGUUCCCAAAGGAAAACAAAAGACUAAUUUCCCCAACUCAGAGGGACUACGCUAUGAAGCGGAAGAAGUUCGAAAGUGUAUCCUAGAUGGAAAACUACAAAGCGAACAUAUGAAUCAUAAUGAGAGUUUAUUGGUGGCUCGUAUUGAGGAUUCGAUAAGAAAAGAAAUUGGAGUUGUGUAUCCCGAAGACGAAUAAAGUAAAGAAGUGAACUAUUUUAAUUUUGUUUGCAUACAUUUUUCCACUUUGUGAGUGAAAUUUGUUAGUUUAAUGUGUUUUUUUUAAUAAUUGGAAUAAAAGUAAAUAAAAAAGAAAUUUAA